AUGAUAGGGUUUACACUCUCUCCAUCUCAAAUGGCCCCACCUUUGUCAUUAGAUAUAUGGUGUCUUAUAUUAAAAAACUUUAAAAAUGAUAGACUAACUUUACAUUCUUGUGCUUUGGUAAAUCGCGUUUUGGUAACCCAUGCAGUGAUGUUAUUAUGGUCAGAUCCUUUUGACGAAAAUUUAAGUACGCGACAAGUUACCGCGCUUGUCAAUACUUUGGUGAGUUGCCUCCCAAAUGUAUCGAAACCGCAUCUUAUCCGUUACGGAAUUAUUUUGCCAACUGCUCCCCAACCACAUUUCAAUUAUCCGUCAUUUAUAAAAGUACUUAAAUUGGACCAGUUGAGUCGAGGUAUAUCACGUUGGAUAACAAGAUACGCAACUGUUGAAGUUAAUUCACCGUUUCCUGGUAAUCCAUUGAUAGUAUUUUGUGCUCACUUGUCAGCUGAAAUUCUUCGAGUGGUGUUUGUCAACUGUUUUCUAAAUAAAAUCGCGAUCAAAGAUUCUCCGUGGAUCAGUGUUCUUCAAGAUAUAACGCCGUGGGCUUAUGUUCGGUGUGUUCAACGAAUCAGCGAACUUCAUAUCGCGCGGGUGGACUAUAAUUCACGUAUAACAAAUUUAAUUGACCUGCAUAAUCUUUCGUAUCUCAUAAAAAUUUGGGCAUCACGUUGUCACGAAAUUAGAUCCUUAUAUAUUCGUGUGGGUGAAGAAUCACAAUCAUUUCAUGAAUUUUUACCAAAACUAGUAAAAGCUCAAGAUCAGCUUAUCAAAGUUCACUUUUCUACUGGAAAUAAUGUUCUGUUAAUCGACAAACUCUUGACUGCCCUUCAAAGUAAUACUUCUUUGGAAGAGAUGGACAUAUUUCACACGAGCCUUCCCAACACUUUCUUUCAUAUUUUAUCCACUUGCAAAGUGCUAAGCAAACUUGUGCUCAUUGGCUGUAAGCAACAUGAUCAACCUCUUAAUUUGGAUUUAAGUUCCUUACACAUUACACAAUUUUUUUGCAAAAACAACAUUAUUCACCCUGAAAAUCUACGAUUAGUUUUUUCCGCUGCAAGCACUACAUUGACUACUUUAAUAUUGGACAUUGCACCAUUAGAUGUGUUAUCAACGUUAUCACCACGUUGCCGUCAGCUUCGUCACCUUGUUUUGGGAAUCACAUCACAACCUUAUGAUUCAAUUGAAUUAUUACAAGAUCUUCAAAAUUUAGAAUAUUUGGCGUUUUGUCAUGUGUCAAAGAGAUUUGUCUCAACCUAUCAUCAUGACUUUUACGCACGAUUAGGACCAUCACUUCCGAUAUUCUUGCAACACUUACAUACAGAAUACAUAGCCACCCCGGAUGACGUCAUGAAAUUUUUCAAAGGAUGUAUUGCACCAAUAACGAUACUUGGAUUAAAUCAACCAUGUGGAAUUAAUAAAUUUCAUCUCAUAGUUGUAUGUGAAUUUGUCCGAAGAAAACAAUUCCCACUAAAAAUAUUACAAUACGACGGAAGUAAUAAAGAGUACAUUAUAAAAAGUUCCAAUUUUCCACCGGAAUUUUUGGAUUCUCUCAAAGAGCUUUUGACACUUGAAGUGGAGACAUUACAUCCUUUCGAUACCGAUCGUUGGUCCUAUCCGAGGUAA